AUGACUACCACCACAGCCGAGCCAGCCAAUAAAGGGAUCCUCAGAGAUGAAACGAUCAUGCUUCGCUGGAUAUUUGGCCACUGCCGCGAUGCAAAAUUGCUUGAUGGCACGAGCUGGCCCGCCGUACCUCAGACGUCUGUACCACGUAGGCUUAAUUCCGACAUCAAGGACCUAGGAUUUCUCAGCAUCGAUGUUGAUCAUUUCAGAGUGGAAAAUGGUGUAAUACAACGAGUUGAGAUUGGCUUGUCCUUCCUAAAAGCUCAAUCUCUACAACACCUACACGGCAAAUGUACGCAAGGCGGCGACUUGGCAUCUGGUGUCAUAAAAUCUCUCCAUCUAGUGUUUGGCCACAAGAAUGCAUUCCACUGGAAAAACUACCACUUUCUAUUUGGAAAGGCGAGGCCGAUUAAGCCGUCAGAUCUUGAACCCGUCUUCAUUAUCGACACUGUCAAGGCAGCUCAGUUUCCACUGCAGCUUUGGUACAGAUACAGUCUGAAGCAGCUGCUGGAGGAGUUUGAGAUACCAUACUCGCAACUUCACGUAGCGGAAAAUGAUGCACACCUUACGCUCCGAGUACUUCUCAUGAUAGCUGUCAGAGACGCUGAGAUCCAACUGCCAGGGAAGCGUCUGCCUGAUUGGGUUCCGAUCUUCAAAGCUGUUGCUCAGUCUUCCUUGCCCCCGAGACUCCCGACCAGACGAGAAAUAGCGGCCAUAGCUGAAGCCGAAGCUGAACGACAGACGGACGGCGACCGAAGCGAGAGAAACAUAGGGUUGGACGACAGCGAAGCGAUUACUGGCUCCUGA